CGCCUUUCACGCUUCUUCGGCUUGACUUGACCACGUACAGCUCUGGAGGUCACCCUUCAAGGACCACGCUUCAACAGAAUCACACAGGCCCUAGCCUGACUUCGAUUCUGACAAACCCAUCCUAAAACCAAUUCACAUAUCGCAGAUCUGCUUUCAUUCUUUUUCCUCUUCGUCCAAACAUAUCUCAGCUUGUGGCAAUCGCCAAACUUUACACCCAUUGAGAGUGUGAGGUCUCACCAAAAUCUACAACAGCACUUGAAAGUUGUCACGACGCAUUCCCAGUUUACUGCCGUUCAUUUCCUUCAGUAAAGGUUCGUGGCGCUAUGGGUGCCUCCAUCGCUCCUCGCACUGAUGCCCUAGUCAAUUUCACCUCCGACAAUCCUGUCGUCAAUUCCGUUGAAGGAAAUUGCUCGCUUGAAGAACUGGAAUCUUCAAACUCUGCUUUCUACGAUGAUGAGCUCUUGCAGGGACUCCACGGUGCUGUGGAAGACGCUCAGGUCUCCAACACCGAUGAUGAUGAUGAUUCGAGUGACGCAGGUCUCUCAGAUACAGAGAUUAGCUGUGACGGAAUCGCAGGGGCCUCUGCGAAAUCAAGAGUCGACUCGGUUCAUCGCUCACCAGGCCCUCCGAAAGGAAAUUCACCUGAAGACCGAGAUGUGCUGAUGUCUGACCCGGAGUCACCUAUACACCACACUGCGCUCAAUAUCCAGGAUCUUCCAGCUGAACGAGCUCCGGAAUGUUCUGAUGGGUCUCCAAAAAUGGGCUAUAUGGCGACGUGGAAUCCACAUGGCCACGCGGGGGCUAACGAUGACGCCGGUGGUACUAAUCCAACAAACGUCACGCCUGUCAUGUCUCUAUUCGGACCAAAGAAACUUCAGCAAGUCGACUUUCCAAACUCUAAUAUCGCUACGUCAGGCUUGUUCGAACACUCGGUCAUUUCUCCUGAGCAUUCAGCUGCAAGACAACAACGGAGGUUCCCUUCCCCGGAUGUUGCAAACUCAGUUGCAGUUGGCGACAUCAGAGAUAGUACGAUCCCUGAUUCAAAUGCAACUGCGUCUAUACCAGAUGCGGGUGCUCUACCAAUCACAUUCGAUUGUGAUCCUGAGUCACUCUUCUUGCACCCCAACGAAGGCUGUUCUGGCAGUCAUAGUAGCGUAGUAUCGUCAUUGCAGGAAACCCAAACUGGAUGCAGCGGUCUUCAGCGCUCCGAUGAUGAGCACAAUAUGUCGGAGGCCUUAUCAGCUUGUACGCCAUCAUCUCUCUCGUCAACGGCUGGACGGAAACCAAAUCUUGUCCAGCAAAGGAUAAAAGACGCACAGGCAAAGGCCAGGAUGAAUAGCUCUUCAGGCUCUGGCAUGCAUAGUGCUUUCAGUGCAACCAGUAGCGGAGCUGUUGAUCGUUCAUUAGAGGAGUACAGGAGAGAGCAUAAAGCGCUCGUCGAUAAGAAGACACGACUUCAAGAGACUGCUGGUGAACUCGAUGCUUUCGAAUAUGAAAUCGAACUACAGAAAAUCGAAAAUCAGAUUAACGAUUCAGAUCGCCGUCGGCAAAUGAACGAAUCUUACUUGUCAACGAGCCAGUCAGCAUAUGAGAGCUUGGAAGACAUUACUUCAUGCAAUAAUGGUCCAGGUCGAAAGCGCCGGUUCGAGGGCGGAGAAUAUGAUGAUUUAAGCGACAAUGACGAUAACGACAACGACAACGGGCUUCAAUCAGACAACGAACAGACGACAUCAAGCGUACCCAAGCUGCCAUCUAAGGCCAGGAAGACGAAAGCUGCAGCGAAGGAUUUGCAGCAAUCUGAAGAUGUUCAGUUUGAGGAACGGCCGAAGAAGAAGAGGAAGUCUGGAAAAGGUCAAAGCAAAAGCGACUGCGGUGGUAUCUCCAAGGCACCGAAGAAAGCAAGCAGAAAGACUACAGGCAAAGGAGCAGAAAAGAAGUCAAAGAACAAACAAAAAACAAUGCUGGACUUUAAUAGUCUGACUACAGCAAACUUGAUUCGAGAUGCGCAGGGCAACAAUGAAGCUGGUGCAGCUCCGACUUUCACUGCCACCACCCGUCACCAGGCAUAUAAGCAACUGGUUGCUUCGGUGGCUGUGGAACACUAUGGCACAGCAGAAAUGGACAAAACGUUUCUAGCGCGCGCUACGAAGGAGUUCACUGGACACUCGCACGCUUGUAAGCCAGACGGCCAAGGAGGUUGGCUUAUUCGAGGUAUGAAAAGCAGCUUGACCAACUUCCAGGUGCUGGGAUCCUCGUUCAUGCGGAAGCGUGAGACUGGGAGUGAUGAGCCCCGUGGAGGUAUCUUGGCCGAUCAUAUGGGACUCGGGAAGACAGUCCAAGCUCUCGCCGUGAUUAUGAAUGGAAACUUCACCCGUGGUGAUGGUCCCAGAACGACACUCAUUGUUGCACCAUCUUCACUAUGCCUACAGUGGUUCAGCGAAAUCCUCUUGCACUGUCAGCAGAAAGCCUACGGAAAAGUCUUGAAGUGGUUCGCCGGACACCGUCUUGACUCAAAUGAUGUCCCCGGAGCCAUAGCUGGUUAUGAUAUAGUCAUCACCACAUACACGGAGAUCCUCCGCUCCUACCCCUUUGAAGAAACACCAUUAUGGUGCCAAACAGCGGAGCAAAAGGAUCUGUGGUGGAAAGAUUGGUUUGAGAAAGAGAAGGGGCCUUUUCAUCGCAUUCGUUUCCUUCGAAUUAUCUUGGACGAAGCACAGGCUAUCAAGACAUAUACGUCGAAAACAUCUAUCUCGUGCCGAUCGUUGAGGGCUGUUCAUAAAUGGGCAAUAUCUGCUACACCAAUCAUGAAUAAAUGCACAGAACUCUAUCCCUACUUCAAGUUCCUGCGUGUUCCUAACACGGGAACGUUCGAAAUCUUCAAGGAGAAUUACACCGGGGACCCAUCCAAACUUCGCCGCCUACAUGCACAACUCAAUAAAUUCAUGGUGCGGCGUACACAUAAAGACCAACUGUUUGGCGCACCUCUUGUCCAACUUCCAACCGCUACAGAACAUAUCACAUGGCUCAAGUUCAAUCAAAUCGAGAAGAGGGUCUAUGACAUCGUGAGUAAUAGAAUACAAGAACGCAUCAGAGACUUUCGGCGCACCGGGACUCUGGAGCAGAACUACACAAAUAUGCUUACAUGGCUACUUCGGCUACGCCAACUCACCUGCCAUAUCCUGCUCCUAGAGGUUGUUUGUAAAGAUCUUCUCGAGCCCCAAGACUAUGUACAACUUAUAGAUCUUGCAAAAGAAGAAGCUCAUGCCAGGCAGCAAGACGGUCAGGGUCUUCUUCUCGUACAACUCAGGAAACUGCUAGCUAGUCAAGCAGCCAACUCAAGUAGGAAAAAUAUUGCACGGGUUGACACCAAUCAAGUUGAGGCCGCCUUGUCACACAUCGACCUCAAUGAGACUGGCAAAGAUCAUGGUCUCACGUACAAGUUCAAGGAAUAUCUUGAUUCUUUGAAAAGGGGACAGAAUUGGGCUGAAGUCAAUCGUCGCACUAUAUGUCCUUUCUGCGGCAAUCUUCCGGAGAAUCCUGUUCUCUCAAAUUGCUUACACAUUCAUUGUAAGGACUGCGUUGAGCAAAUGCAGCAAAUUGCUGCGCUCAGAGAUAUGGAAGCGGCCCGCUGUGGGCAAUGCACUGAGCCCUUUCAUGAACUGAAAGACCUGGCUGCUUCCUACAAUGAGGCGGCGGCUUCAACAGCUGCAGAGUUUGCCGAUGGCGGAAAGGGGAAAAAGGGGAAGGGCAAAGGGAAAGGCAAGAGGAACAACAAGGACAACUCUACUGACGGAGGACUUGACCCGGAUGAGGCAGCACUGAUCUCUCAGAUCAAUCUCAACGAAGUCGUACUCCCGUCUCCCAAGACCUUGGCUGUCAAGGCGCAGCUCCUAAACUGGUUUGCAGAAGAUCCCAAGACCAAAGUGAUAGUCUACACACAAUUCAACCCCAUGAUCCAUAUCCUUGCCAAGGUCUGCGCCCAAGAAGGGUGGGAUUCCGUCAAGUUCUAUGGUGGAAUGUCCAUGCACGCACGGGACAUUGCCAUUCGGAAAUUUGCCGGGCCUGACUGUCGAGUUUUCAUUGCAUCGCUGAAAUGCGGUGGUCUGGGUCUCAACUUGACCAUGGCUUCGAAAGUCAUCUGCAUUGAUCCCUGGUGGAAUGAGUCGGUCGAUCAGCAGGCUUUUGGUCGCGUCUUCCGAAUCGGCCAGAAGAACGAGACACACUUCACGCGGUUGUUCAUCUCGAAUACCGUGGAUGAUCAUAUGUACAAGAUGCAGGAGAGAAAGCAAGCAGAGAUUGAUGGCGUUAUGGACAGAAAUGGGAAGAGCAAAAUGUCGGUCAAGGAGCUUGCCGCUUUGUUCGAACCUAGAUCAGGCGAGACUGCGGACGAGGACACCGGUUUCAUCAUGGUCGAGGACCCAGAUGAGUCAUAUGUACCGUGUCCUCCCUCUAAUAGCAACGAGCAGCUGGGGACGGGAGAUCUCUUAUGAGCACAAUGUCGAAUCUAGUAUCGACAGCUUGGAUUUAUUUGGGUUCACGGGUUUGGUCUGCUAAGAUGAGGCAUUUCCAGCACACGUUUCAGGAGUUCAGGUCCUAUUGUCCACUUUGAAACGACGUUGAGCGACUGGAGGAUACGACGCACGCGAGCAUCUUCUUUUUACAAAACGCCCUCGAAAUCUACUCUUUUUAUACCCGUCUCUCAUGAUAUUCUGGCUUUUGGCCCUUCAUCGCGGCGCUCUGUGGCUUCAAAGGGUUAUCAAUAUUGGUUAUACUCGGCAGCAGGAUUAUAGGGUAAUGAUGCUCUCCAUUCAUGAAGGGUGGUACCAAAUUAGUACGGCGUUGGAGAUCUCACUUUGAUAUAUUUACAGCAAGUCCAUCGUCAUCGACGACCAAGUGGCAAUUAGGGGUUCUGGCUGCACAUUUAAAGCAUAGUUAGCUUUCUCAUUCCAAUAUGAAAAUG